UUCUAAAAAGAUUCAAAAGAUCAGUAGCCGCAGGCCGCAAGGCCGCAGUAGCCUGAUAGCCAGUAAGAGUGCGAGUCAGUGUGUGUGUGAAAAUUCGAAGCAAUGGCGACUCGUCUGCUUAAAGUUAGUUCCGUGUUGCGGACUUAUUCUAAUAAAACCAGCCUUGUAAAGGUACAAAAACAAUGGCAAUCCACAUCAGCAUCUUUAAAAGAAUUGCUGAUGAAUCAACCAGCAACACAAGUAACAACUUUGGAUUGUGGUAUGAGAAUUGCCACUGAAGAUAGUGGAGCCCCAACAGCUACAGUGGGCCUAUGGAUUGAUGCAGGUAGUCGCUUUGAAAGUGAUGAAAACAAUGGAGUUGCUCAUUUCAUGGAGCACAUGGCUUUCAAAGGAACUACUAAACGUUCACAAACUGAUUUAGAAUUAGAAAUUGAAAACAUGGGUGCUCAUUUGAAUGCUUACACAAGCAGGGAACAGACAGUGUUUUAUGCAAAAUGCUUGUCAGAAGAUGUACCAAAAGCCAUUGAAAUUUUAAGUGACAUCAUUCAGAACUCAAAGCUUGGCGAGAGCGAAAUUGAAAGAGAACGUGGUGUUAUUUUAAGAGAAAUGCAGGAAGUUGAAACAAAUCUGCAAGAAGUUGUUUUUGAUCACCUGCAUGCUAGUGCAUAUCAGGGUACACCAUUGGGAAGGACGAUUCUUGGUCCUACUAAAAACAUCAAGAGCAUUACGAGAAACGAUCUUCUUGAUUAUGUGAAAACAUUCUAUGGUCCACCUAGAUUUGUUUUAGCUGGUGCAGGUGGUGUGAAUCAUAAAACAUUAGUAGACCUAGCCCAGAAACAUUUUGGUCAAAUGAAGGGGCCGUUCUAUGAUGAAAUUCCGCCACUAUUGCAGCCGUGCCGUUACACAGGAUCCGAAAUUAGAGUCCGUGACGAUAGUAUCCCUCUUGCGCAUGUUGCUAUCGCCGUUGAAGGGGCUGGCUGGACAGACCCAGAUAACAUUCCUCUCAUGGUUGCGAAUACCCUUGUAGGAGCAUGGGAUCGCAGUCAAGGAGGAGGUGUAAAUAAUAUAAGUCGCCUGGCUGAAGCUUCCGCAUUGGAUGGGUUAUGUCACAGUUAUCAAAGUUUCAACACUUGCUAUAAAGAUACAGGUCUUUGGGGUGUAUACUUCGUCUGUGAUCCAAUGAUGUGUGAGCACAUCAUGUAUAACAUACAACGUGAAUGGAUAAGAUUAUGCUUAACAGUAACUGACAAAGAUGUGGACCGCGCGAAAAAUAUUCUUAAGACAAAUAUGCUUCUUCAAUUGGAUGGAACAACUGCAAUUUGUGAAGACGUCGGUCGCCAGAUGCUCUGUUAUAACCGACGUAUACCGCUUCACGAGCUUGAAGCUAGGAUAGAUAGCGUAACUGCUAAAAAUAUUCACGAUGUCGGUAUGAAAUAUAUUUAUGAUCAGUGUCCAGUAGUCGCAGCAGUUGGACCGAUUGAAAAUUUGCCAGACUACACCCUGAUCCGUGCAGAUAUGUACAGAUUACGAGUGUAAUUCAUCGAAGAAUUUAGAACGAG